AUCGCAAGGUGGUGGAAUUGAUGAUUUUAAUAUGUGGCUAGGCUCGUUACCAUUUAAACACAAACUAUUAAUAUUCGGUAAUCAUGAAAGAGUAUUAAUUGACGAUGACGAUUUAGAAAGAGUGAAACAACAAUUUUCAAAUGCCACGUAUCUAAAUGAUGAAUUAGUCGAUAUAGAUGGAUUAAAGAUAUAUGGUGCAUCGUGGAAAGCCGAUGAUGGUCGAGAUCGACGUCAACUAUGGUCCAAAAUACCACUAGGAACACAAAUUGUCAUCACGCAUAAUCCACCAGAUGGAAAAAGCCACGCUACGAGUGACGCAUCGUUUGAUAUUGACAAAUUUUUGAUGAGAAGAAUUUUACAAGUUAAACCAAUUCUAUCCAUUUUUGGUCAUAUUCAUACAGAUUAUGGCGUGUGGGAGAAAGAUAAAGUGACGUUUGUGAAUGCAGCGAAUAUGAACGAGGAAGGAAAAGCGCUGAAUGAACCUGUCGGAUUUAGGCUCGAAAUGAAUGAUGAUAAAUUAGUAAAAUUACAACAAUUGUAA